GGCCAGAUGAAUGAAACAAGAGCAUGCUGCUGUCACUUCUUGUAACAUCAAAGUUGCCACCAUCAUGAGCGCAUGACAAGACGUGUAAGCAGCUCUCCCUCAUCGAAUAUAAGUAGGCGCUCCACCUCCGAGUCUUGUGUUCUCCACACUCCUCCUCGCGUGGCUGUCGGCGGAAAUGGCCACCGUUGACGACAACAACGACGGCGACGCCAAUAAGCUCACCAUCAUCCUCGCCGCGCCGGGGUCCAAGGAAACUACCUGCGCCUGCGGCGCGCGGCCCACCGGCGGCGACGACGACACCACCGCCACGGGCAUGUCGUCGUCGGCGCGGCGGGACGUCCAGUGGCUGCGCGCCGCGGUGCUGGGCGCGAGCGACGGGCUGGUCUCCACGGCGGCGCUCAUGCUCGGCGUCGGCGCCGCGCGCCCCGUGGGCGGCGGCGACGACGACGACCUGCGCGCCGUCCUCCUCGCGGGCCUGGCGGGCCUCGUCGCGGGCGCCUGCAGCAUGGCCAUCGGCGAGUACGUGUCCGUGCACGCGCAGCUGGACGUCGAGCUGGCCGAGCUCGAGCGCGUCGGGGUGGCGGCCGGGGCCGGCGGAGGCGGCGGAGGCCGGGCUGCGGGGCUCCCGAGCCCUGGGCAGGCGGCGGCGGCCUCGGCGCUGGCGUUCGCGUCCGGGGCGGCCGUCCCGCUGCUCGCGGCGUGGUUCGUCACCGGCUACAGGGCGCGGGUGGCGGUGGUGGUGGCGACGGCGACCGCCACGCUGGCGGUGUUCGGCUCGCUGGGGGCCGUGCUGGGCCGCGCCCCUGGUGGCCGGGCCGGGCUGAGAGCCGUGGUGGGUGGGCUGGUGGCCAUGGGGAUCACGUAUGGGCUCAUGAAGCUGUUCAGAAUCCGUCAUGGUGUUUGAUGGGCCCGAAAUGUUGUCCAAAAAAAUCGGUAGAUAUUCUUUUUUUUUAAGGAUAUUGAUUGGCAUAGGCCUUGAGAGGCAGGAAGCAAUUGAAACAUGCAUAAUCGUGAAGA